GCCUCGCAUACUUCCUGCCGUGUAUACCUGCCGUCUCUUGUUCCGCAGAAUUACCCUCUCAAGAGCCGUCGAUACACGGGUUAAGGAGGAAAUACCGGAUUGACGAUAUGCUGCGUUUGAACUGCACAUCCGGCCGGAGUAAACCCGCGGCCAAUCUCACCUGGUACAUCAACGGCCGACAACCGCUGGAGUCCCACGUCCGCACGUACAGCCCCCUCGACACCAACGAAUCAGAGUGGCAGAUCUCCCAGAUCGGCCUCCAGUUUCUCCUAACACACGAACACUUCACCCUGGGCAAGCUGAAGAUACGUUGCAGCGCCUCCAUAUACAACAUCUAUUGGCGAAGCACCGAGGUCAGCGUAGAGGAGGAUAGGCCCAGGGUGAUACACUACGAGCCCGCAGCGACCAUCGUCGGCAUCAACUACCUUCAACCGCCGCCCAACUUCCAAACGGGACAGCAGAAGCCUGACGGACAGGUUGGAGUCAAAGGAUGUAUAUAAUACUUCUUCAUCAGAAAAUGUUGAUAAAGAGGACCACCCAAAUGUCUCUGUCACUGAAGUAUUGAUUGCACAAGUCUGGAAAACCCAGUACCUUUCCUAUCUCGCUGAUUGUGAAUGCUUCUUCGUUACUUCACUCUCUUAUCUGUCAAAGAUUUCAUUGUUUGGCUCGUUUACUAUUUCCUGUUAAUGGCACGAUUUCGUCGAGAAAUGUUUGACUAUCCAGGUAGAAUAUUGAUUGGCCAGGCUCAGCAGGUUCAAUAUAUGAUUUAUACCAUUGAAAACUUUGGUCUCUAUUAGCCCUACAACCUGUGUAAACUAUUACAUAACUAAAGUUAGCUGGCCAACACACCUAAGUAUACCUAAUACUAUUGCUAGUGAAAUACUU